CAAAAGCACAGGCCUGCAGCUCAUACAAUUACAACAACUGUUUCGCCCGCACCUUUAUCCUUCAAGCGCCCAGAGUUGAGACAACCGCCGCCGCCACCAUGCCCAACGAGAUCAAGGACAUCCACACCGUGGACGAGACCUCUUUUCCCUACAUAUUUGAGCAAAACGCCACCGUGAAGCUCAAGUCCGCCGACGGCCUCGUCCGGUGCAAUGUGUACCGACCAAAGGGGUCUGGGUCCAACCCCGUUCCCGUGCUGGUCACCUACGGGCCCUACGGGAAGGACAUCCAUUAUCAAGACUUCCAUCCCAAGUCCUUCUCCGAGGUGAACCCACAACACAAGUCCGCCCACUCAGCCUGGGAAACCCCGGACCCGGGCUUCUGGACCGCACACGGAUACGCCGUCGUCCGCGCCGACGAGCGCGGCCUGGGCCAGUCCCCCGGCACGCUGGACACCAUGUCGCGGGGCACCAGCGAGGCCUUCUGCGACGUGGUGGAGUGGGCGGCCGAGCAGGCGUGGUCAUCGGGCAAGGUCGGCCUGCUGGGCAUCAGCUACUACGCCGGCAGCCAGUGGAGGGUCGCGGCGCGCCGGCCAAAGGGCUUGGCGGCGAUCGUGCCGUGGGAGGGCAUGUCGGAUUACUAUCGCGACCGGUGCCGGCACGGCGGGAUCCUGUCGAAUGCGUUCAUCCGGUUCUGGUGGGACAGGCAGGUUGUCACGAAUCAGUAUGGUCGCCCCGGGAGGAGUGCGGGGAAUUGGGGCCCGGAUACGAUUGAGGGGGACUUGGAGGAGGGGGAGCUGGUGGCGAAUAGGAGGGAUCAGAAUGUCGAUAACGCGGCUAAUCGGUUCCGGGAUGACGAGUACUACGCGUCGAAGGAGUACGACAUGGGCGAUAUCGAGGUCCCCGUGCUCUCGGUCGGCAACUGGGGAGGCAUCCUGCUUCACCUGCGCGGUAACGUGGAGGGAUUCAUCCACGCCGGAUCCAAGCUGAAGUAUCUCCGCAUGAUAACCGGCAGGCACGACCUCCCAUUCUACUACGAGGAAGAAGUCGAGGUGCAGCGGAGCUUCCUGGACGCGUUCCUGAAGGGCGACGACCGGGUCGGCUGGUCUCAGGAAGGGAUAGUCCCCCCCGUCAGUCUGGUCCUUCGGAAGGGCGACAUCGGCUUCAACGACGCCGAGAAGGAGAAGGGCUACGCCCGGCGGGAGGAGAGCGAGUGGCCGAUCGCGCGCACGCAGUACACCAGAUUCUUCCUCACUCCGGAUCUGAGCCUGACCCGUGAUGGGAGCCAGGCCGCCUCGCAGCGUAAGAAGCUCACGUAUCGCGCGCUCGGCACGAUUGCGAGCCCCCAGCUGCUGCAGUUUGCGACGGCGCCCUUUGAGGCCGAGACGGAGAUUACGGGACACGUCACGGCGCAUCUGAACGUGUCAGUGAGCCCCGACCCGGCCGGGCCGACGCCCAAGGAUAUCGACCUCUUCGUCACGCUUCGUCAUAUCGGCUCCGAUGGGAAGGAGAUCUUCUACACAGGCACGGCCGGGGACCCCGUGCCACUGACAAAGGGCUGGUUGAGGGUAUCUCUCCGGAAGGUGAACAAGAACCACCCGAAGCAUCGACCGUGGCUGCCCCACCGCGAUUACACGAGCCGGGACGUGUUGCCCGUCAUUCAGGGGGAGGUAUACGCCGUUGACGUUGAGAUCUGGCCGACCAACGUGGUCGUCGAGAAGGGUGGGAGGAUUGUGUUCGAGGUGGCGUCGGGCGACACGCAGGGCUCGGGGAUAUUCCUGCAUAACGACCCGGUGGAUAGGUCGGCCGAGGUAUUCCAAGGGACGAACCACAUCCACUUUGGACCGCAGUUUCACAACUACGUGACACUACCUGUUAUUCCACCAAACUGAGCGACAAGAGAUGCAAUUAGACACUAGAUAGACAUGAUUUUAUUUAUA